AUGCCUUCCAAGUCCACGCCCGGCGCUAUUUCCAAGCCCGACGCCGCCCUUGAGGCCGCCAUCGCCCCUAUCGUCGCUCGUCCACCGCAGCAGCCGGCCUCGUUUGCCGCGACGGAACUCCUCCGCGACUCGGCGGGCUACCAGGAUUGGCUCCUCGUCGUCCGCUCGCGUUUGCAGGCCGGUGUCCUCCGGUACCUGGAGAGCGGUGAGCCAUGCGCUUCGUGGCCCCCCUCGCUCGUUCCGUUAUGGGAUCACUACGCCCUUUCCUCGCUCUGCUCGUCUGUCGACCCUCGCUUGGUCCUCCCCGGCUUGUCGACCUUCCUCGACGACAGCGACGGCGCGCCGAAGAUCUGGCAGGCUCUCCGUUCUCGGUAUGGCGCCACCUCGGCUGUUGACCUGCUUCCGGCCGUCGUCACGCUCUUCAGCACCGAGGAGCUCCCCGCCACCACGGACUCGUUCCUACAGUUCCGUGACAGUUUCGAGAACCAGCUUCGUCUGCUCACCUCGUCGAAGGUCACUGUCGACUCUCUGGUCGCCUCGCACCUCCUCUCCCGACUGCCGCCGUCCCUCGAGUCGUGGCGCUCGACCUUUGUCAACGACCAAGGUGAUUCGACGACCCUGCCGUCUGUCUCGGUGAUUUUCGAUCGCCUCCUACGCGACAUUCGCGCUCGUCCAGUCGACGCUCCCACCGCGGCGCGGGGGAUCCGCACUCUUGCAUCCCGUCGUGGCAUGCUUCCCUAUGUCGACGUUUAUUCGUUGCGUUGA